GAAAAUCUUUCAUCCUCUUCUUCUGCAUUUUUAAAAAAUUCCCAUUCAACUUCUUCGCCAGCGGCAAAUUUUGUAGUUAAUCACAACAACAACAACGUCAAUAUGCCUGCCCGUUUUGCUGAUGAUGUCAUUAAUGACACCACGGAGCACACCGUGCCCAUGAAUAUGCAGAGUCAUUAUAGCAAUGGUCCUCGCGCCAUGCCAACUGCCAGUGAUAUUGCCAUCACUGGUUUCUCUGGUCGUCUACCAGAAAGUUCCAACAUCGAGGAGUUCAAAAAGAAUCUCUUCGAAGGUGUUGACAUGGUCAACGAUGAUCCCAGACGUUGGGAAAAGGGUCUAUACGGUCUACCCGAACGUCUAGGUAAAAUUAAGGAUGAAGAUUUGGAAAAUUUCGAUCAACAAUUCUUCAGCGUCCAUCAAAAACAAGCUGAGUGCAUGGACCCCCAAAUGCGUAUGCUGCUUGAAAGUACUUAUGAAGCUAUCAUUGAUGCCGGUGUCAAUCCCUGCGAAAUCCGUGGCUCACGCACCGGUGUCUAUGUUGGUGUUUCUUCCUCGGAAACUGAACAAUACUGGAUGGCUGAUCCCGAUCGUGUCAAUGGCUAUGGUUUGACUGGCUGUGCCCGUGCCAUGUUUGCCAAUCGCGUUUCGUUCACUUUUGACUUCAAGGGUCCCAGUUACAGUGUAGACACUGCCUGUUCCAGUUCGUUGUAUGCCUUGGAACAAGCCUUCUCCGAUAUGCGUGCCGGCAAAUGCGACAAUGCUGUCGUAGCUGGUUUGGGUGUUUUGCUGAAACCCACCAUGUCUUUGCAAUUCAAACGCUUGAACAUGUUGAGCCCCGAUGGUAUGUGCAAAGCCUUUGACGAAUCCGGUAAUGGUUAUGUGCGUUCCGAUGGCUGCGUUGUUAUCUUUUUGCAAAAGACCAGCAAUGCCAAGCGUGUCUAUGCCACCGUCUUGAAUGUGCGCACCAACACUGAUGGCUACAAGGAACAAGGUAUCACCUACCCCAUUGGUGCCAUGCAAAACCGUCUGAUCCGUGAAACCUAUGAAGAAAUUAACUUGAACCCCCAUGAUGUUACAUACGUAGAAGCUCACGGUACCGGCACCAAGGUCGGUGAUCCCCAGGAAGUCAACUCCAUUACUGAUUUCUUCUGCAAGGAUCGCAAAACUCCCUUGUUGAUUGGUUCCGUAAAAUCAAAUAUGGGUCACUCUGAGCCUGCCUCAGGUGUCUGCUCCAUUGCCAAGGUCUUGAUUGCCAUGGAAGAAGGUGUCAUCCCCGGCAACUUGCACUACAAAAAUCCCAAUCCCGAUCUAUACGGUCUCUUGGAUGGCCGCUUGAAGGUCGUUGACAAGAACACCCCCUGGGAAGGUGGUAUUGUAGGCAUCAACUCCUUCGGUUUUGGCGGUGCCAACGCUCACGUCAUCUUGAAGUCGAACCCCAAACCAAAGGCGAUUACCCCCACUGUUGGACCACCAAAAUUGGUCGUCUGUUCCGGUCGUACCUUUGAUGCUGUUCAAGAUUUGCUCGAAGAUGCCGUAUCCCAUCGUGACGAUGAUGAAUAUUUGGCAUUGAUCAACGACAUCCACUCGAAGAACAUCCCUUUGCAUUACUACCGUGGCUACUGUGUCAUGGACACCAAGGGCUCGUUGCAACGCGAAGUUGUCGAAACACACGAUGAAAACCGCCCAGUUUGGUACAUUUACACCGGUAUGGGCAGUCAAUGGGCCAGCAUGGCCAAGGAUUUGAUGCAAUUCGAGGUGUUCGCCCAGUCCAUUCAUCGUUGCGCCGAAGCCUUGCGCAGUGUUGACAUGGACCUAAUCGAAGUCAUGACUAAAUCUACCCAACAAAGUUUCGAAAACAUUUUGAACUCCUUCAUUUCGAUCGCUGCCAUGCAAGUGGCUUUGACCGAUCUCUUGGCCUCGUUGGGCAUUAAGCCCGAUGGUAUUAUUGGUCACUCGGUCGGUGAAUUGGGUUGUGCCUAUGCCGAUGGCUGCUUCACACCCGAACAAACUGUUUUGGCUGCAUACUGGCGUGGUAAGAGCUUGCAAGACACCGCCUUGGCUCCCGGUAAAAUGGCUGCCAUCGGUUUGGACUGGGAAGAGGCCCACAAACGUAUGCCAGCUGAUUGCUUCCCCGUAUGCCACAAUAGCGCUGACAACUGCACCGUCUCUGGACCCGAGAAAUCCAUUGAUGCCUUGGUGGAAAAACUCUCAGCCGAAGGUAUCUUUGCUAAGGCCGUCAACUCAUCCGGUUAUGCUUUCCACAGCAAAUACAUUGCCGAAGCUGGACCUAAACUACGCAAGAGCUUGGAGAAAAUCAUUCCAAAUGCCAAGAACCGCACAUCCCGCUGGAUCAGUACCAGUAUCCCCGAGUCUGCCUGGAAUACUCCUGUAGCCAAGCAAUCAUCUGCCGCCUAUCACGUCAACAACUUGUUGUCGCCCGUAUUGUUCUACGAGGGUCUGCAACACAUCCCUAAGAAUGCUGUCACCAUUGAAAUUGCCCCCACUGGCUUGUUGCAAGCCAUUUUGAAGAGAGCUUUGGGUCCCGAAUGCACCAACAUCAGUUUGGUGAAACGUGGCCACGAAAACAAUGUGGAAUUCUUCCUGAUGAACAUUGGUAAAUUGUAUGCCGCCGGUAUUCAACCCCAAGUUUUGACCAUGUUCAAGCCCAUCUCCUAUCCAGUUGGUCGUGGUACCCCCAUGUUGAGCUCUAAGGUCGGCUGGGACCACUCCCAAAAAUGGUUCGUACCCAAAUACGGCAAGGAAACUACAUCGGGUGAAACCGUUGUGGAAGUCGAUUUGUCCAAGGAAGAAGAUGCUUUCUUGGCUGGUCACACCAUCGAUGGCCGUAUUUUGUUCCCUGCCACCGGUUACAUGACUUUGGCCUGGAAGACAUUCGCCAAAAUGAAGGGUAUGGAAUACGAGAAGUGCCCUGUCGUUAUGGAAAAUUUGGUGUUCCAUCGUGCCACCAUCCUGAACAAGGACAGUGUUGUGAAAUUCGGCCUCAACUUCUUCGAUGGCACUGGCAACUUUGAAAUUUGUGAAAGCGGCAGUUUGGCCAUGUCCGGCAAAAUCUCUUUGGCCGAAAAUAUCGAACGCGAAGAACUGCCCUUGGAUCCAUUGGCCGCUAACGUCGAAGCCAAGGAAUUGAGCACCAACGAUGUCUACAAAGAGUUGAGAUUGAGAGGCUAUGACUACGGUGGUAUCUUCCGUGGCAUUGUCAAGUCCGACACCACCUCCAGCACUGGCAAUUUGCAAUGGGUAGGCAACUGGAUCAGUUACAUGGACACCAUGUUGCAAUUCAGUAUCUUGAGCAAGAAUCUGCGUGAAUUGUACUUGCCCACCCGCAUCGAAAAGGCUGUACUCAACCCCCUGAAACACAUGGAAGAAUUGUCCAAACUUAGCGCCGAAGAACAAAGCCAAAAUGGCUUGCCCGUGUACAUGUACAACGACAUUACCGUUAUCAAGAGUGGUGGUGUUGAAAUGCGUGGCUUGAAGGCAUCCUUGGCCCAAAAGAGACCCGGUGGCCAAAGUCCACCCACCUUGGAACGUUACACCUUCGUACCAUACGUCAACAACACAGAAUUGCAAGAAAACACAGAGAAGGCACGUCUACAUGCUUUGACUGUCGCCCUCCACUUGAUCAUUGAGAACUCCCAGGGUGCCUUGAAGAUUAAGGGCGUUGAGUUGGCCAAUGGCCGCAACCCUGAUGUUUUGAUGGCCACCAAAUUGUUGCAAAUCAUCGAAGGUGAGCCCACCAUCACCGCUGACAUUGCCGUCGUCACUUCCAAUGGUAAUGAGGAGACCAUUGCCUCCGCCUUGGGCGCCGAUUCCGGAGUACGCAUCGUAUCCAAGAACAUUCUCGAAGAACCGGUAGAGCAGAACUGUCAUUUCCUAUACGCCUUGGAUGUACUCUCGCGCCCCGAUACCAUGAUUCUGACGAACGGUGUCCAGACCAUUAAGGACAAUGGCUUCUUGAUGUUCGAAGAAAAUCUCAGCGCCUACAACAAGUCGGGACGUGAUUUGUUGAAGAAACACGGCUUGAUUGUCAUCACCGAACAAGUGUUGGGAGGAACCCGUGUCUUGGUUAUGGCCCGCAAACCAGUCGAUGUCAAGCAACGCGAUGCCGUCGUUGUCCAUGUCACCGAAAACCACUUCGAAUGGUUGGAAGAAUUGAAGGAAGCUUUGGCCAAGGCAGCUGAAAUUGAACGCUAUGUCUAUGUUGUGUGCCAAGGAGAGGAGCUGUUCGGUGCUGUUGGUUUCAUGAAUUGUAUCAAGAAUGAAAAUGGUGGCAAAUUGGCCCGCAUGAUUUUCGUCCAAGAUGCCAACGCCGAGAAGUUCUCCUUGUCCAGCGAAUUCUACGCCCAGCAAUUGGCCAAGGACUUGAUCAACAAUGUUUUGAAGUCCGGCGCCUGGGGCUCCUUCCGCCACUUGAAAUUGGAAACUGAUGUCGCUACAUUGCAAGUUGAGCACGCCUACGUCAAUGCCUUGGUCAAGGGUGAUUUGGCCUCCUUGAAAUGGAUCGAAGCACCACAAAUGAACCCAAGCUUGUUGAGCGAUGAUCUUGAAUUGUGCAGUGUCUACUAUGCCCCCAUCAACUUCCGUGAUGUUAUGUUGUCGUCUGGCAAACUCUCCGCUGAUGCCUUGCCUGGUGAUUUGGCCCAACAGGAUUGUGUUUUGGGUUUGGAAUUCGCCGGUCGCGACUCUAAGGGACGUCGUAUUAUGGCCAUGGUACCAGCCAAGUCAUUGGCUACCACCUGUGUUGCCAGCAAGAACAUGAUGUGGGAAAUUCCCGAAAACUGGUCCAUGGAAGAGGCCUCCACAGUACCCUGUGUCUAUGCCACCGUCUACUAUGCUUUGGUCGUAAGAGGACAAAUGAAGAAGGGCGAAAAGAUUUUGAUCCAUGCCGGUUCCGGUGGUGUUGGUCAAGCCGCCAUUUCUGUUGCCUUGCACCAUGGCCUCACAGUUUUCACCACUGUCGGCAGUGUUGAGAAACGCGAAUUCUUGAAGAAACGUUUCCCACAAUUGAAGGACUCGCACAUUGGCAACUCCCGUGACUGCUCCUUCGAACAGAUGAUUAUGCGCCAGACCCAAGGCAAGGGUGUCGAUUUGGUACUGAACUCUUUGGCUGAAGAAAAAUUGCAAGCCUCCAUCCGUUGCUUGGGUUUGAACGGCCGUUUCUUGGAAAUUGGCAAAUUCGAUUUGAACAACAACUCCCCCUUGGGCAUGUCGGUGUUCUUGAAGAAUACCUCAUUCCAUGGUAUCCUGUUGGACAGUGUUAUGGAAGGCGAAGAAGCUAUGCAGAACCAAGUUGUUUCCCUGGUCGCCGAAGGUAUCAAAUCUGGUGCCGUCAGACCAUUGCCCACAUCGGUCUUCAACGACCAACAAGUGGAACAAGCUUUCCGUUUCAUGGCAUCUGGCAAACACAUUGGCAAGGUUGUCAUUAAGGUCAAGGAUGAAGAAGAGGGCCGCAAGACCCUUAAGCCCACACCACGCCUCGUCAACGCCAUUCCCCGCACAUACAUGCAUCCCGAGAAGAGCUACAUCAUUGUUGGUGGUCUUGGUGGUUUCGGUUUGGAAUUGACCAACUGGUUGGUGUCCAGAGGCGCCAAAUUCCUAGUAUUGACCUCACGUUCCGGCAUUAAGACAGGCUACCAAGCCCUUAUGAUCAGAAGAUGGCAAGAACGCGGUGUCAAGGUCGUGAUCGACACCAAUGACGUUACCACAGCCAAGGGUUGCCAACAACUGUUGGAGAAUGCCAACAAAUUGGCUUUGGUUGGUGGCAUCUUCAAUUUGGCUGCUGUUCUCCGUGACGCUCUCUUGGAAGAUCAAACCGUCAAAGAUUUCCAGACUGUGUGCGACUCAAAGGUACAGGGCACCAAAUACUUGGAUCAAUACUCGCGUACCAUGUGCUCCGAAUUGGACUACUUCGUGUGCUUCUCCAGUGUGUCAUGCGGUCGUGGUAACAUUGGUCAGACCAAUUACGGUCUUGCCAAUUCCGCCAUGGAACGUAUCUGUGAAAUGAGACAAGUCAGCGGAUUCCCAGGUUUGGCCAUUCAAUGGGGUGCCAUUGGUGAUACUGGUUUGGUUAUUGAAAAUCUCGGUGACAACGACACCAUCAUUGGUGGUACCUUGCCUCAGAGAAUGACCUCCUGCUUGCAAACUAUGGAUCUGUUCCUGCAACAACCCCAUCCAGUUUUGGCCUCAAUGGUUGUGGCUGAAAAACGUAAACAAGACACGAGCGGCGGUGUCAGCUUGGUGUCCUGCGUUGCCAACAUUCUCGGCUUGAGAGACAUUAAGAACGUACAAGACUCCGCCACAUUGGCCGAUUUGGGUAUGGAUUCGUUGAUGGGUGCUGAAAUUAAACAAACAUUGGAACGUAACUUCGAUAUCAUCCUGUCGGCCCAAGAAAUCAGACAGCUUACCUUCGGCCACCUGAAGGAAUUGAGUGGUGGUUCGGAAAGCACUGAUCAAGCCGCCACAGCCUCGCCCGCCCGUCGUACACCCAGCCCAAGUGCUGCAUUCGGCGAUGGCACCCAAGUUGUAUUCUCCACCGAACUAAUGCCCACAUUGCCCAUUGUACGUUUGCCCUCGUUGGCACCCGAAGACUGCAAGAAACGACCAUUGUUCUUCAUCUCGCCCAUUGAAGGCUUCGCCGAUGCCCUUAAACAAUUGGCCUCCCGUUUGGAUUGCCCCGUGUACGGUCUGCAAUGUACCGCCGAAGCUAACGUCGAGAGCAUAGACAAUUUGGCCAGUUUCUAUUUGAAACAAAUCCGCACAGUACAACCUAAGGGACCCUAUGCUAUUGCCGGUUACUCCUUCGGUGCCUUGGUUGCUUUCGUUAUGGUCUUGCAAUUGGAAAAUAACAAGGAAGAAGCUCGUUUGGUGAUGUUGGACGGUGCACCCAAAUAUGUGAACUGGUACACCACCAACUUCAAGCAACGUCUCAAUACCUCCGAUGAUCAAAACGAAGCUUAUGGUUUGGCCUAUUUCGGUAUGGUUGUGGCCAAUAUUGAUUACAGUUUGGUGGCCAAGGUGUUGUUGAAUGUGCCGACAUGGGAGAGCAAGGUUGCCAAAUGUGCUGAAAUUGUUGCCGGUGAAAUUAAUCAACCUGUUGAAUUGAUUAAACAAGCAGCUAACUUCUUCUACAAGAAAUUGUUGGCCGGUGAUAAAUAUGUGCCAUCUGGCAAGGUAUCCUGCGAUGUAACCCUAGUCAAACCCACUGAAAAUUAUGCCAAAUUGGAAGAAGAUUAUGGCCUCAAUGAGGUCUGCAGCAAAUCCGUGAAUGUUCUCACAGUCGAAGGCAACCAUCGUACUUUCCUGUUAGAAGAGAAAUCACUUAAGCAAAUCGAAAGUCUAUUAAAUAGCAUCUAAA